AUGAAUAUAAAUAAUAGUAAUAAUAAUUUUGGUGAACCACCACCUCCUUAUUCAUUUAAUAAUAGUCCUUUAUCAUCCUCACCUUUAGGUCCACCAACAUUAAAUAAUAGUAAUACUAAUAAUAAUAAUAAUAAUAAUAGUACAAAUAAUAAUAAUAAUAAUAAUAAUAAUAAUAAUAAUAAUAAUAGUAAUAAACAAUUUGAAAAUAUGAUAAAUUUAAAGAGUCAAAAUAGUUUUCAAAAUAUAAAAGAAGUUAAAUUAUUUAAUAAUAAUAUUGAAAGAGAGAUGUAUGAGAAUUUAGCAGAGUUAUAUUCAAUCAUUAAAGUAACAGAACAUUUAGAGAAAGCAUAUAUUCGUGAUGAUGUUUCACCAAAAGAUUAUACAACAGCAUGUUCAAAAUUAAUUGCACAAUUUAAAUCAUCUCAAACACUCUUAAAGGAUCAAGUUUCAAAUGUUGGUCAAUUCAUGAAAGAUUAUGAUUUAAAUUGUAAAGCAGCUUUUGAUAGAUUAGUUAUAAAAGGUUUUCCAUCAACAUUAGAACAUAAUACAAAUGAAUCUUCAACUGAUUCUGCAAUGGCAAAAAAUGUUGCUGAAGCAGUACAAUUAUUUAUUACAACAAUGGAUUCAAUUAGAUUAAAACUUGUAUCAGUUGAUGGUAUUUAUCCACUUUUAAGUGAUUUAAUGGAAAGCUUAAAUAAAAAUCAAUGGUUAGGUCCAACUUUUGAAGGAAAAGAAAAAAUUAAAAAUUGGAUUUCAAUUUUAAAUCAAAUGAAAGCAACUGAUGAAUUGGAUGAUGAUCAAUCAAGGCAAUUAUUAUUCGAUUUAGAUAAUUCUUAUAAUAUAUUUUAUAAAGCAAUUAAAAGUUAA